AAAUUGACUAAUUCAAUAUAGACAAAAAAAUUAAAUUUAAGAAUGACAGAAGAAAGCGAUUUAAAUAAUAUAAAUUUAAUAGAAUAUGAAGAAUUUAUUUAAACAGAAACAACUAAUCAAAAUAUUGAGGUUGACUAAUUAGGUUUAGAAGAUGAAAGAUAGGGUAUUCAAGAAGUUUCGAAUAUUUUGAAAGCAAAAGAUAAUGAUUAAGAUUCUAAUAAUGAAAGCUAUGUAAAUUGUGAAAUCAGUAACUAAGAAAAAGAGAAUAAUCGAAUUUUACUAACUAGCGAUGAUCAAAUUGAAUAUGAUGUUAAUAAUUCUUAAAUGAGCAAUAAAAGAGACAUAAGUCCCAACUGCGAUAAAAAAAGAUAAUACAAAAGUAAUAGAAGCAGCUUAGUUAAAUAGUAGGAAAAUACAAAUAAGCAGCCAACAUUAGAUAAUUUAGCCUAUAUAACCAAUUCACCUUAAUCCUCAAAAAAAGGGAGCAGAGAAAUUAUUUUCGAAGAAAAAAUUAUCCACAUGCAGAAUAUCAUAAAUGCCUAAAAAGAGUAGAUAAACUAGAAAGACGAUAAAAUAGCAUUUCUACUGAAUUAAAUUUAAGAGAUGAACUAGCAAAUGCAGAAGAAAAAUGCAGAGAUAUCUUAAACUAGGGAAGACCUUAAUAAAGCUUAAUAGGAAAUUGAUCUUUUAAAAUAACAGCAGAUGAUCAAAGAUGAAAUUUAGAAUGGUAAGUCUCAGAUUCUAGAUAUUUAAAUAUAAAAAGAAGAAUAAAUAAUACAGAAUUUAGAUAAUAAAUUAGUUGCUAGCAGAAAUAAUUCACCUAUCAUAACAAGUGAUAUGAAAAUAAAAGAUAAAGGAGCUAAUUAGAUUUUAUCUGAAAAUGAAACGAAUAUAACAGAAAUUAAAUAAACGAAUUCGAAAAAUAAUAAAAAGCAAAUGGAAAAACUUCUUAAUUCAGCAGCUACUACAAGUUAUUAUAAUAAUAGCUAAAUAGGGAAUAGCUUAUCAGCUACUACUUAAAAAAAUACCUAAAAAACUAGAGAAAUGGGCAUUAAAAAUCCUUGGAACAAUCAAAGUUAAAUUGCAUCAAACCAAUAAUUAUCAGCAGAGAAUAAUGCAGGAGCUGACACAACAACUUCAUAGAAUAUCAUCCAUUAAUCUCCUAUGACAAACUAUAAUUCUACUGAGGUAAGAGCUAAUUUAAAUAGUAAUAAUAAAGAUAAUAUUGCAAAUUCAAAUAUACCUAAUUUAGCUUAGUUAUUAAAUGAGUAACCGAAAUAAAAUAAUUUUUGCCACAAAAAAAACACUAUGUCUACAGAUUUCGUCUACAAAAGAGAACCUCUUGCACAAGCUUAAAUAUAGAAUAUUUAAUCUACAUUUAACAUAAAUAACAUUUAAGAUAAUCAUGAGAUUUUACCUAAUAAAAUUAAUAACAAUUUUUCAAAAUACAUUUCAAAUACAAACAUAAAUGGAGGAUUGCAUAAUUUUUAAAAUAUUAAUUAAAACCUUUACAGAAGCUGUAGUAACCACACUUCCAACAUUCUUACUAAUAAUACAUCUGGGAAUAAAUUAUAUCAGCCAAAUGAGAAUAGAGUAAAAGAGUUUUAUGAAAAAUCCAACUCAUAACCUCCAACUCAAUGUUCGACUGCUAAAGGUGGCUCAUCUUUAAUUAACUAGGAAAACAACAAAAAAAGCGAAAGCUAUAGAGAAUAGUACAUAAAAAAUAUAGAGGAAUUGCAGAAAAGACUCGAUUUUCUCAAACAAAAAAGAAAUGAGUAUGAAGUUAGGCCAGAUUACCUGAAUGCCUCUUAGAGCACAAGAUUCACUUCAAAUGUACAAAAUAAUUAUAAAGAUAGAAACUUUAAUUCAAGCAUCAGUAGCCCUAUUAAAUAGGUUCCUAACUUAAAUAGUAAACUGCAAUAAUCAUAAAGUAUACUCUUAAAUCCUAACAAUAACUCUCUUAUUUCAUCAACAGUAAAUUAAAAACUAAAUGAAAAUAUGCUGGUCCACUUUGCAUAAAUUAAAAAGCUAGAAAAUAUGGUACCUAGCAAAGAUAGUUACUUCAACAAGUAGGUAUUUUCAGUUUAAAAUAGCCAACCUUAACCUUUGGCGUUUACAAGCAACAUCCAAAAAUAGGAAGAAAAUGUAGCUUAAAAAUAUGCAUAAUCUCCUCAGCCUAUAUCGAGUAAAUUAAAUAAAUAUAUUAAUGGUAACGCUAAUAGUGCACUUAACUAUUAUAGUUCAGUUCCAUUAAUACCUUAAAAUGAUGAAUACAAAUCAAUUAAUGUUCUUAAUAAUGUUUAAAAUUAAAAUCACCAAGCUGCCACGCCAAAUUUAGAUUUGGGAUUACUUAGUGCUAAGUAAACAAUAAAUAAGCAAUACUUUCCUGUAUCUUCAAAGCAAAAGUUCAAAAAUAACGAAUAUAGUCUUCAAAAUAACGCUUACAUUAUAUAAGAUAAAGUAGAUUCAGUUUCACCUACUAAAGUGUACUCCACGAGAAAUAGUUAAAAUAAUUAUCAGUCACUUCUUGAUAAUCUAGCUCUUUCAGCAAGUCUAAAAAAAGAAAUUAAUAACCACAAAAUGAGUUGGGACAGUCUAAACCUAAAAGACACCGGUACACCUUCUAAUUUUAUAUCAAGUGGUGGAAUAAGCAGUUCACACAUCAAGCAUUCUAGUGUGACAGCGUUUAAUAAAUUUGCUCCUAUAUCUGUCAAAAAUAGUUAUUAAGCCUAUGAAAGCGAAAAAAAUUAGAAUUAUUUUAGCAAAGUAAGUAGUAGUAACAACAAUCACAACAACAAUACUAAUAAUAUUAACACAAAUAGUAAUAAAUGCUACUUUAAUAUGCAAGAUUAGCUUAAUUAAGUAAUAAUUGAUAAUAAAGAAUAUUGUAAAUAAUAAUGA